GUUGUAUAAAAGUAUCGUACAAGUACUACAUAAAUUGAUAGAGCGCUACAUAGUUAAAGGUACAACGAAAAAUGAAGCAUGUCAUUACCAAUUCCGUUUGUCGGACACUAGUGUUUAUUGCAGUUAUAUUAAUUUCUUCCACUGAAGCUGAUUUUCCAUGCUACUGCAACUACAAUGUGGAAGCCUCCGUGUAUUCAAAUCCAGACUCGACGAGUUCAGUGCUGGGAUACAUGUAUGAGUUCGACUGUAAGUCAAUGGCAGCCGCACACGGAGCACACAAAGGAUUUUACCCGAUUCAGUUUCAAGGACAGUUGGGAUACAUUGCAACGGGCCCCACAAUUCGAAAUCAAACUUGUCCGGGGUCACCACUUCUGACGGAUAUUAUUACCACAACGUCCGAAAAACCCCAUGGCCAUUCCACAACCACUCAACUAACGACAACAACAAACGCCCAACCAAUAACUUCAGCUACCAGCAAACCAACGACAACACGCACCACCCAACCAACGACAACAAGCACCACCCAACCAACGACAACAACCACCAUCAAACCAACGACAACAGGCACCACCCAAUCAAUGACUUCAACUACCACCCAACCAACGACAUCAACCACCACUCAGCCUAUGACUUCAAUCACCACCCAACAAAUGACUUCAACCACUACCCAACCAACGACAACAUCCACCACCCAACCAAUUACUUCAGCAACCACACAACCAAAGGCUUCAACUACAACCCAACCAACGACAACAACCACAACCAAACCAAGUACAUCAACUACCACCCAACCAUCGACAACCACCACCCAACGAAUAACAUCAACUACCACCCAACCAACGACAACAACCACUACCCAACCAACGACAACAACCUCUACUCCAACAGUGACGUGGCCAGGACUAACACUAACAUCAACAGAGUACACAACAACUCCAUCUCUGUAUUGGUCCAUGGCAGCAAAUGUCUCAGGUACUCCACUUCAGUAUGUUGGCAUCGGGUACAAUUUGCUGACUGGAAAUCCUCUUCUUGGACGUGACCCGGGUCUAUUACUGGACAAACGAAUACUUCAGUUGACGGGAUCUUCAUCAGAAGUGAGAGAAGCAAGCUUCUCAUUAAAUCGGACUUGCCAUAAUGAUGCUGUCACUAGAACGCUUGUUCAUGGCUCCCAAUCACUUCAAAAGGAAAUGAAGACUUUGGUGCAGCCAUCUAAUACACACCAAAACUCACUGACCGUUCAUGCUUUUGUAUAUAACUUCGUAUUCAAUACCCAACGAGCAGAUUUUGAGAACGCCAAUAGCGUAUAUCACGAUUCAUUGACAACGUGCAAGAUUGGAAGUGCUCAAUACCAGGGUAACAGUACAGCUCCGUUUGGAAAUUUCUCAGUUUCGCGCAACUUCGCCAAAGCCGUUUGUAAACUUUCGUCUGCUAACACUACGACGUUUAAGAAAUUUCUGGAUGAAUGGGGAACGAGUGUUGUUUUAUCUGUUGAUCUCGGAACCAAAACACUAUAUAGAUCAAGAGAGUCAACCCAGCAGAUAUUUCAGAAUAUUCAGGCAACGGACCCUACCCUCCUGGUCCACAGCGGCCCGUUCAACGGCUACUCAUCUUCCCUUACGAUCAAUGAACACACGUACUCCACCAGCUCUACCGCACAACAGUCUUCGACCCAAAAUCUCAUCAUGACAGCUGGCGGUACCAUUCCUGUACCAAUGGGCUUGACGAUUGUUCCGAUAUCUGAUAUCAUACGCUCAGAAUAUUUUGCAUCGGUGUUCGACAUCUUGGUAGCGGAUAAAUCCUGCCCCUAUUCCAUUUACUCCGGGGAUCUGGACACGAUUUCCGCAAAAGUGACAGCUGCCCUGAAAAACUAUAAUGCCGACAAACAAUACGAGACUCAUAUUAACCAAGUUCUCACAGAUCACGGUCUCCAAAUUCCGGUGACAUGGCCACGCGGUACCUAUGGCUUGAUGAAAACCGCAUCCGGGUGUCCCGGGGAACACGUCUCGUGGUUGCAGGGGUCGCGUUUCCAGGACACCGAGGACAUUAGCUCGAGAAAUUCGUUUCCGUCCGAUAUUACUCGUUUCCUUGCUGGAUCGUUUGCCAGCAACAAUAUACAGACGGAGUUCUGCAUUAAAAGCCAGUUCCAAGUGUCUGAGUAUGACGACGAUUGGCCGAGAGGAGCCUACUGUUUGCUGAAGAAGGGCAAUUGUCCAACAGGAUUUCAAAGCGGUUCUAUUUUCUGGGAUGACGAAUCCUUGUUCAACACAAACUCAGCCAGCGGCACACUCCCUGACGGCGACUAUGGAUAUAAUACAAGGAUAUACUACUGUUGCAGAAACGACGGGCCAACAUCAUCACAGAUAAUUCUUCCCAAUGACCGUCCGUUUGUUCUGCUUCGCUACGGCAUGACUUGCCAGAACGUGCACUCCAUGCAGAUGAAAGAGCUGUCUGUGUACUGGGAUGACGACGACCUCAGCAACUCGGAUUCUGCAAGUGGGAUGCAUCCAUAUGAUGACGGUGGUGGUGAUGACCACCGCCUCCACUUUUGCUACUAUCAAAAAAGCAGCCCUGGAACUAGCAUUGUUGGAUAGUUUUGUAAAAAAAAUGGACUUUCAAACAAGUCCCAGCUAAAUACGUGUUUAUCUGUUCAGUAUAAUCAUACUUAAUAAAUAAAUAUGUUCGUUUGGUUA